AAAAAUCAGGAAACAAGCAAGAAAUGAAAUUAAUGAUAUAAAUAAUAUACAUUCUAAUAUUAAAACCAUUUUAACCAAAUCUAAAGAACAAUUAGAUGAGAUUAAGAAACAACCUAACAUUAAAAGACAAGAUGAUGUUUUAAAUAAUGAUAAAACCCGAAUAGCUUAUAUUACAAUACAAAUAAAUAACGGAAGAAUAGAAUAUAAUUUAUUAAAUAUAUUAAAUAUGAAACAUAACAUAGAUACUAUCUUGAAUAAAGCUAUCGGUUAUAUGAAUGAUGUAUCUAAAUCUGAUCAGAUUGUUAUUAAUAUAGAUUCUUUGAAUAUGAAUGAUAUAUAUAAUAAGGAUAAAGAUCUUUUAAUAAAUAUUUUAAAAGAAAAACAGAAUAUGGAAGCAGAAUAUAAAAAAAUGAAGAAAAUGAUGAUAACGAAGAAAAUAAUG